GAGAGUUGAGAUAGAAUACAGAGCGAGAAGAGUAGCAGAUUGAGAGGGAGGAGAGAGACGAAGGGGAAGCAGCACAGAAUACUGAGUGCUGCACUCCUACACUACCAGCCUCAUCCCGUCCUUUGAAGUGUCCCCUUUUUCCCCUCUCCUCUCCUCCGGAUUGCCAUGAAUUAACACGGAAGGUGACAGAUAACAUGGAGCGCGGAUUGUUGGAUCUUUUGUGGCGUUGCGCGGCUCUCCUGCGAUAACAAGGUUUCCUUUUUUUGUUGUCGAUUCAGCACGUCUUCAGCGCGGCGGCAGCGGCUACAAGCAGCAAUUUCCCUGAGCUGACACCGAGCGACUGUGUGUGUGUGUGUGUGUGUGUAAGUGUGUGUGUGUGUGCGAGGCAUGGGCGCGUGUGUGCCAUUCUGUGCACGCGUGUGAUUUUUUGCGUGCGUGUGAGUCAAAAAACAUUUUGUGUGUGUGUGUGUUUGUAUGUGCACUGGAGAAGAAGAGGGAUGGCUUCUUGCGUCUGAACUGGCAGCUCCACGCUUAGGGACAAACUCUAUAAAAAAUACCAGUGGAAGGGACGAGGGACUGCUCGGUCGCUCGCGCUCCCUCUCUCCCCCUCUCCCUCUCUCUCUCUCUCUCUCUCUCCCCCCCCUCUUCUCUCUCAGAUGGCAGUGAUUUAGAAGCGCAAGACGAGGAGGACGAUCACUAUGCCUGCCGAGGUGAGAGAGGAGCACAGUUCAGAGGACGGCUCGGCCGCCCAGGGGAGGCUGGAGCCUGGGGAACAUCCCGAGGAGCCGACCCCGAGUGUGGAGGCUCCGGAUACCCCCACCUCCCUCAAGUCCACCGCCACCUCCAGCAACGGAGGCGCCAGCCACACGGACACAGAACGGGAGGACAGCUCAGUCACCCUGACCGAGAAGUCCUCGAGUCCCGACACCGAGAUGAACCCCAUGAGCUGCAGCACCUCCCACGAGGAGGUGGACCAGACGCAGCUGGAGGAUACUCGGACUACAGAGACUACAGAGUCAGCCAAACCAGAAGAGCCGUGCCCCCAAGACACCGAGAAUUCAUCCUCUCCGAAGAGCCCAACGGACAGGGCGGAGCCAGCCCAAGCAGACCCAGUGGUCACCACAAAUGCUAACACAGCCACAGAUGGCAACAACAACACUCCAGCCGACGUCCUCCCACCCCCACCGGUCAGUCAGGCUGACCUCCCGCUACAGCCCCAACCCCCUCCGCCACAGUCCGAGCCCGUCCCCAAACCCCCCCUCGGGCUCGGAGGUGUUCACGAGAGCUUCGCCGCCCUCAAUGGUGGGCUGCCUCCGAACCCCGGCGUGCUGUCCCACCUCCCUGCCAACUUCCUGUCGUCGCACACGACCGUCUGGCCCCCGCGGAGUUACCUGCCAGAGAGCUGCUACACGCUGCCCCUCCCGCGCGACCUCUGUGCUCGCGCCGCCCAGAGUGGCCUCACCGAGAGCCACGCGCCCAAUGAGGGGGAGCAGGGCGCAGGGGACAUCAAGCCUGAGCACCCCAUGGAUGGCCACCACACCCUGGGGGGACCCCAGUUCUUUCGGCCGCCCCUUGACCUCUUCAGAGAUCUCCCCAAAAUGAGAGCGGGUUAUGACGGCAUGGAGGCUCUCCAGCACCCCUACCUACAGGACCUCUACCGCGUCCACACACUGGCUGCCCAGAAGCGAGGCUCGAUGGCCAGCCUGGACGGCAUGCGGCGGGACGCCCGCUGGAGGGAUCCCAACCUGCGCGAGGUCAUCUGCAUGCUGGGCCACCCCAUGGACCCGGUCAAGGCCAACGCGGCCGCCUACCUGCAGCACCUGUGCUACGAGAACGACCAGGUGAAACAGGAAGUGAGGCAGCUGAGGGGCGUGCCCGUGCUGGUGGGGCUCCUGGAUCACCCUAAGGCCGAGGUCCACCGCAAGGCCUGCGGCGCGCUGAGGAACAUCUCGUUUGGGAAGGACCACCUGAACAAGGUGGCCAUCAGAAACUGUGACGGGAUCCCUGCGUUGAUCCGCCUGCUCAGGAAGUCCAAUGAUAUGGAGGUCAGAGAGCUAGCCACAGGCACCCUGUGGAACCUCUCUUCCCAUGAGCCUCUGAAGAUGGUGGUGAUCAACCACGGGCUUCAGACGCUUAGCAACGAGAUUAUCAUCCCUCACUCCGGCUGGGGCAUCGAGCCCAGCGACCAGACCAAGCCACGGGAGUCCGACUGGACCACUGUCUUCAAGAACACCUCAGGAUGCUUGAGGAACGUGAGCUCAGAUGGAGCAGAGGCGCGUCAGCGACUGAGGGAUUGCGAGGGGCUCGUGGACGCUCUGCUCCAUGCUCUACAGUCUGCAGUGGCCAGGAAGGAUGUCAACAACAAGUCAGUGGAGAACUGUGUGUGCAUCCUGCGCAACCUCUCCUAUCACGUCCACAAAGAGGUGCCGGGGGCGGAGCGAUUCAAGAGCCAGGCGGCCAAUAAGAUCUCACGAUCAGGCGGGCAUCUGUGUAAGAAGGAAGAGUCUGCCAAAGAGGAGUGGUUCAGUCAGUGCAAACGGCACGGCUUGUGUGACAAGAAAUACAGCACCCUGGACAUGCCCAAGCGGCCCAUAGCAAUGAAAGGGUUGGACCUUCUCUACCAGCCGGAGGUGGUCAGACUCUACCUGUCCCUCCUCAGACUGAGCCAGAACCAGAACACUCUGGAGGCCGCCGCCGGGGCGCUGCAGAACCUCUCAGCUGGACAGUGGGCCUGGUCCAAUUAUAUCCGAGCAACAGUGCGGAAAGAAAAAGGUCUCCCCGUUCUAGUCGAGCUACUGCACUCAGAUGGAGACAAAGUGGUCAGAGCGGUCGCCAUCGCACUGCGGAACCUGGCCAUCGAUCGCCGGAAUAAAGAUUUAAUUGGGAGUUAUGCCAUGCGGGAUCUGGUCAGCAACUUGCCCAGUGGUCAGCAGCAUCCAGCCAAAAACCUGGAGGAGGACACGGUGGUGGCCGUCCUCAACACCAUCCAGGAGAUCAUCACUGACAGUGCGGAGAAUGCUCGCUUCCUGGUGCAGGGCCAGGGCAUUCAAAAACUGGUCACCAUCAACAAAACAAGCCAAUCUGGGAGGGAAACCAAAGCAGCCUCUCAUAUUCUGCAGACUGUUUGGGCCUACAAAGACCUAAGGAACACGCUCUACAAGGCUGGUUGGAACAAAUCACAUUUCAAGCCCUCUUCCUCCAGCCUACCAAAGAAGGUGAAGAAUGGAAAGGCUGGCUAUGAUGACAUCACCCUCCCUUUGAUGGAGAAAAACCAAGAUGGGUAUUACAGCAUCGAUCAGAGCGACAGACUGAGUGAGGCUCCGAGUCAUAUGGUAGAACGGGAACAGUUGCAGAGUGCCAAUGAGAAAAGACACUUCAUCAGAGGCAACAGACCAGCUGUUGGGCUGGUUGAACAAACUCCCCCACCCCUGGAUUCAUGGGUCUAAAGCCAAUGAGUCUGUUUCAUCAUCAGCGUUUUCAAAAACAACCUGUACAAAACAAACAAACAAACAAAAGAUUUUGUUUUUUGUGUUACAAGAGUGAAGUGUUUUUUCUAUACCUUUAGUGAGUUCAUCAGUGUUUCCUGGUUAUUUUAGUUUUUAAAUACACCAAUGAGUUGUGUUGCUCCAACCCAGUCCUCCGUUUAUGUGAAUCAUCAUGAUUUAUUGUAUAUUUAUGAACCAAAGCAGUGCUCAUGAGAUAAUCCUAACAUGGGGGAUUGGGCGGGUGGAGGGUGCUGCAUUCAUGCAAGCAAUUCUGCAUCUACAUGGCUCUAUAAUCAAAUAUGUAACUAGUUUUUUGAUAUACAGUAUGCAUUGUUUUGAAAAAGCUUUCGAAUACUGCACAUCACUGUGGUUGAAACAACAUCAGCAUCCAUGUACACUAAUGAAAUUAAGUGUGUGUUAAAUGCUAUUUUGGAAUAAUACAGGAGUCCCUACUGGACAGACGGAAUAUAGCUUGACUAUCAGAUGUAAGGAGAGAAUGAUGGUGUGAUUGCCGAUGGUGGAACUUGGGAGCACUAGUUCUGCGAAAUCUUGUACAGACUUCAUUUUAAGUAGCCUAUUUGGCCAACUGUGUGAUUUAUUUGCAUAAUAGCCUAUGCUACCCACUGUAACCAGAUAUAUUCCCUAAAUGGAUAUAUGCAGAUCCUAAUAAUUCUUGAUGUUGCAAGUUUGCGGGUAAGUGUUAUACAAUGCAUAGGCUAUGGAAAGAUAAAGAAGAUCUAUUUAUAUUUUAUAUAGUUAGUUUAUGAGAUGGAGCCAGAUAAAUGCAAUUUUAGAGUAUUCAACUAACUGUCAUGGCUAAUACACGAAAUGUGCUUUUCACGUUUAAUUUCAUCCUCAGCAUCAAUGUAGGCCUAGGCUACUAUUAAUAAAAACGUAAAAAAUUAAAUAAAAA